AUGGCAAGAUCGCAAAACUGUGGAGGACUUGCCAUGCCUUCUGUUGGACUGGGAACAUGGGAAGCAAGAGACGACGCUGAAAUAGUAACAGCCUUAAACGCAGCCUUAGAAUUAGGUUACCGACACAUCGAUACAGCCUUUGCGUACGAAAACGAACGUACUGUCGGUAAAGUCCUAAACGAAUGGAUAAAUUCUGGUAAAAUUGAACAGAGAAGAAUUAUUCGUAACUACCAAGCUACCGAUCAGGGGAAUUCAUCGCGACAGAGUGGAAAAAUAUAUAAAGAUGUCUUUGGACAACCUUGGUUUGGACUAUGUCGAUCUCUAUCUAAUUCAUUGUCCGAUCGGGAUGGUUGAGACUGAGAAUGUCGUGGAGUUUGAACCACAUGAUCAUAAAGGACUAUGGGCGAGCAUGGAAAAGCAAGUAGACCAAGGUCGGGCAAAAACCAUUGGCGUAUCAAAUUUCAACAUCAAACAAAUCGACAAUCUUCUGAAAUUCGCCAGGAUCAAACCAGCUUGCAAUCAAAUUGAACUUCAUGUAUUCUUGCAGCAACCAGAAUUGGUGAAAUUUUGUCAGUCGCACGAUAUUGUAGUGGUAGCUUAUUCGCCGAUAGCUAAUCCAGGUUAUAAUAAAUUCCUCAAACGACUUGGAAUCGAAGAAAGGAAAGACUUGAUGAACAUUCUGACAAAUCCAGUGAUAUCAGAGAUCGCUAAAAAGCACGGAAAAAGUAACGCUCAAAUCGCUUUGAGAUUCUUAGUGCAGAAGAAUAUUGUAGUCAUUCCGAAGAGUGUGUCACCUGCAAGGUUAAAGGAGAAUUUUGAUCUAUUCUCAUUUUCUUUGGAUGAUGCUGAGAUUGCUAAGAUGGAGGGUCUCGAUGUUGGCGAACCAGCUAGAAUUGUCGAUUGGUUGAUUUUUCCCAAAAUUGAUGAACACCCAGAUUAUCCAUUUGGAAAGUAAUAAAACACGCUUAGAUACUGAUUGAAACACUUGAU